AUGUUUCUGAAUGAUGCUCAGGUUCCGGUUGGUGCCGUUCCUGACGGAGCUGCGGGCGGUGAUGGACUGGGUCUGGACCGACACCACCUCAGUCUGUCCAGCUGGAUCUGCGUGGAGGACAUCUACGCUCACAUCUUCGUGCUGAAGUGCUGGAGGGAGUCGGAGAAAGUGAGAGGACCUCCAGCCAGAGCUUGUCAGAGCAGCGUUCAGAACCAGGACUCACGGAGGUGUGUUUGUGUUCUUUCAGAGGUAUUCCAGCCUCGAGGACAGAAGAAGAAGAAGGUGGUGAAGUACGGGAUGGGGGGGAUGAUCGUGAUGCUGCUCAUCUGUAUCGUCUGGUUUCCUCUGCUCUUCAUGUCUCUGGUCAAGUCUGUGGCUGGAGUGGUCAACAAACCGCUGGACGUGUCUGUCACCAUCACGCUGGGCGGCUUUCAGCCCAUCUUCACGAUGAGUGCGCAGCAGAAUCAGCUGAAGGACGUCACUGACAGAGAUUUCAUCAGCUUCCUGAACUCAUACAGACACAGUUCUAGUGCACUGCAGUUCUUGGAGGUGUACACGGCGGAGGACGUGACUGUGGCAGAGCUGGAAGGAAGCUCCAACUCUCUGUGGACCAUCAGCCCCCCCAGCAGGAAGAACCUGAUGGACGUCCUGAGCAAAGAGGACCAGUUUUCCGGUCACCAUGUCCUGGAGCAUCCAGAGGUACAGAUGCAGAAUCUGAGUCUGGGAGCGAAGGCUGAGUUUGCGAUGGACAAACACAUCACAUAUCUGGACAUGAACACUAGACAGGAGCUGAUAGCGUUACUCAAUGGAACCAGAAAUAAACCUGUGUAA